CAACUCGCCACUUCCGGCGCGCUCGCGGCUCCUGCGGAGCGGGGUGGCAGUUAGACGGGUGGUACCAUGUGGUCUCCGUCCGCUCCGCAGUUCGCCGCGGCUGAGCUCCCUACAAACGGGCUGCGCGGGGCGGCGGACCCUUGAGCCGUGAGUGGCGGGCGGGGCAAACGCGCCCUCCUUCUGAAGCCUGCGUUCCCGGGACGACCCCGCGCUCUCCAGGUCCAGCCAGUGCGCACUUGGCCUCGCCAGAACCGGUUUUGUUCGUUUUACUCCUGAAUUCGCAUCAGUUCUUUUUUCUCUCUGUGGCGACGUCUGGAGAUUACCAGGAAAAUAGCACUGUGGCUGUGUCAACGUGUUAUGAUGCCAUCUCGUACCAACCUGGCUACUGGAAUCCCCAGUAGUAAAGUAAAAUACUCAAGGCUCUCCAGCACAGACGAUGGCUACAUUGACCUUCAGUUUAAGAAAAGCCCUCCUAAGAUCCCCUACAAGGCCAUCGCACUUGCCACUGUGCUGUUUUUGAUUGGUGCCUUUCUUAUUAUCAUAGGCUCCCUCCUGUUGUCUGGCUACAUCAGCAAAGGGGGGGCAGACCGGGCCGUUCCAGUCCUGAUCAUUGGCAUUCUGGUGUUCCUGCCAGGAUUUUAUCACCUGCGCAUUGCCUACUACGCAUCCAAAGGCUACCGGGGUUAUUCCUAUGAUGACAUUCCAGACUUUGAUGACUAGCACCUCAGCCCAAGAAGAGUCACAGCGGAACUACACCCAGCUUUACAAUACUGAGCAGAAACCAUGGCUAAUGACUGAGGAAUUUUGUAGUUUGUAGAUGUUUAACAAAUCAGUGGCCAGAUUUUAUGGGUCCAUCCCAAAAAUGUUCACUGAGCUUACAAUUAGCUAAUUAGGACACUCUGUUUUCAUUUUCCUGGCCCUGGCAAAAGCUCAACAAGUUUUUCCACAUGUGUAGGUACCAUGAAAGAAUCCAUUGUUAAUUAUCUUGAAAAGCAGGAAGUUAUUCUGUAGUGGAAAGUGAUAUUACUACUACCCUCUUUAAAGUUGAGGGUUUCUCUGAAAUAGUCCUCAUUAUCAGUUUGUCUUAUAGAAAAUGGAAGUAUGCAAUAUAUUUAAUUACCUUAUUAAGUCAUUUAUUUUUAAUCUAAGUACCUUACCCCCCAUACAUAUCUCUGCACCUUCAUGUUCUGUGGGAGACCUGGGUAAAAUCAGAUAUCAGCGUGGGUCCAUCUGUAAUAUUUUUUACUAGUUUUGUUAUUGAUAGCAACCAGGAAUUUUUUACACUGUAGAGUGAAUUUUCAAAAUACAAACAUUUUCUCUUGAGUCUUUGGCCAGCUCUAAUCUAGUUUCUCAAUAGUGUUGCCAGCAAAUUAUUUGAGUCAUUUUAUCCUUUGUAGAUCAAGAUGUUCUGUAUGUCAUGCCUUGAAGGACUGGACAUCUGACUGUUUCCUAAUGAAAAAUGUGGAGAAGUUAUUCAGGGUUUAUAACCUUAUUGCUAACACCUGGGACUGCAGUAUCCUUCUGAUAAAGAUCACAAUAUUUGGCCUUGCUCUCUGGAGGACUAGAUUGCCUUAGGUUGAUUCUGUUUCCUUGCUUGCAAAAAGGGACACAUACUUAAAAAAAUUAAAAGGUCAGAAUCCAAAUCCUAGACUUAAAAAUGAGUUCACUUUAAGCAUAUUUCAGAAAACAUUGUAAGGAUUUUAUGAUAUGUUUGAUCCCACUGCCCAGGAUUCCCUUUGUUUUUAGGUAACUGCAAUUAUAAGUUACACUCUACUUUUCAAACUUUUUUUUUUUGAGACAAAAUCUCGUUCUGUAGUUUAGGCUGGUGUUGAACUCACUGUGUAGCCCAGGUUGCCCUCAGAUUUGGAUCAAUCCUUCUGCCUCAGUCUCUUGAGUGCUGAGACUAUAGGUAUGUGCCUUGCGUACCAGUCAAACUUACCUGAGGUUAUAGGCUUGGGCAAGUAGACACCUGGCUGGACUGUUGGGAUUUGGAGGGCUUUGAAUAGGGCAGGUUUGGGGGUGAAAUGAGUUCACUUUUGGAUGUGCUAAAUUGUAGAUGUCUACUUGGUGUCCAAGGGAAGCUGUGGAGGAAGGAGUUGUGUAGUGUGCUGCAGUUCAGGAGGCUGGAGCCAGGACGUAGAAAUGUGGCUAUGUUUAGACAGCCUCCUCAGAGCCAUGGCACCAGAUAGGAUCAUUAGUGGAGUUAGGUGAAUGGAGAAGAGGACUUGGAACAAGGGACAGGAAGUGCCCUAAAGCAGCUUCCAAGUUUGAUGCAUUUGGUAAUGGGAGGGAAGCCUGGGAACCCCAGUUCUCUAAAGUUCUUGGGCUCUAACAGUGAAUAAUAUAAUAUAGAAGACUGAACCUGGGCUAGCGGCACAUGCUUGCGAUCCUACCACUUGAGAGGCCAGGGUGGGAAGAUCAUGAGUUGGAGGCCAGCCUGGGCAACUUAGAGUGAGACCCUGUCUCCCCCCCCGCUGCAAAAAAAGAAAAAAAAAGAAAAAGCUGUGCUAUUCUUGCAAAGCACAUCUUAGACAAAAUAGUUUCAGCCAAAUCAAAUUAUUUGGUCCUUUUUAUAAAGAUAAUGCUGUUGGUAAGGGAAAAACUAAAAAAAAAUCAGAAGAGCAUAUGAAGUAUAAAACUUGGUGAAGGGGCCAUUUGUUCCCCCAGGUCACUUUCCAGGGUUGGCCAGUAAAGUUCUUCAUGUAACUUUCCAGAAAUGUAAGUGUGUAAACACAUAUAACCAUUUUUUGUUUGUUUUGAGACAAGGUCUUGCUAUGUAGCCCAUGCAUGUACCACCACACCCAGCAAUAUAUACCCAUUUUGUAAAAAAUCUUAGGCCCCCGUUGUGAUGCUUUAUAAUUUCUUUUUUUCCCAUUCUAUUUUAUAUAGCUUUACACAUUCAGGGACGUUAGACGCCACAUUUUAAAAUUACAGUGCUGGGGACUGUUGACUUCUGGAGGCCUGAGUCUUAUCAGAUUGGCAAUAAAAUUAAUUUGUCAGCAUGCAGAGAUUAGGACUCUGGAAUCUUUUUUUUUUUUUUUGGUACCAGGGAUCAAAAGGACUUUGCAAUCUUGCACAACAAAAGAGGCAGGCACAGAGUCUUAAGUCACAUCUGCUAUUGUCAGAUUAGACCUACAUUUACAAAGGUCACAGGAGAGUACUUUGGGAGCUACAUAUAUCUUUAUUAAAACAACUUAAACAUUAACCAAAAAAAGGUGACCACAGAACUUUGAAAGCAGCCCCAUCUUAAUACAAUUAGUUCCUCCACAUAUCUGAACUUUAUCAGUGAUAACUUUAGCUUUGGUUUUUAUCUCCAGACUGAUUUAAAAUCGCAUAUUCACCUUGAAUCAUACCUUUAAACUUUCCCUACCUUUAAACUUACCUUUUCCACAAGCUCGGCACCUGCUACACAGAUAGCCCUUUACUAGGCAUCAAAAAAUUGUUUACUGGGCCGGGGAUUUAGCCCAGUGGUUCCGUCGUCUGCCUCACAAGCGCAAGGACCCGAGUUCGAGCUCCGGUACCAAAAAAAAAAAAAAAAUAAUCGUUUACUUUGUCUAUCCACCAGAAGUUUCUAGCUUCCUUAAGAAGAAAGUGUAGUCCAUACUUGACCUGGCUUAACAAAUAAAAUCAAUAAUAUCAAAUGA